AUGGAGAAGAAGAAGAAGAAGAAAAAGGAAGAGGAUGGUACUGGGGGUUCGUGAGUAUGAUCAGUGUUUCUCGUCGGUGAGGGGAUGAGACAGAGUUGGAUGGGGAGGCAGUAGCUGAUGUAGUCCGGAUGCUGCAGUUGUUAAAAAGGUGUCCUAUAAGGCCGACUGGAGCUCGGAACGUGCUCUGGUAGCGUGCGCAGGUCAGGGACGGUUAGUUUAAUUUAAUUUAUUAAAUGCCAGUUUACAGGCAUUGUCAAGGGAAGAGAUUAAACACAAAUCCAACCAGUCGAUCAGUGGAUUCAGAACCCAAAAUUUGAGGAAGCUUUUCUGAAUGCAAAAAUCGAGUAAUAGUCCACCUAAAGUACAAAAAACAACUAGUCGACCUGCUUGGUUAACUAGGGACCUAAAUAAGCAGCUACGGAAGAAAAGCAAAAGAUGGAAAAUAUUCAGGGAAACUGCGUCACCAGCGCAUUUCGAAGAAUUUCGUCGUCAACGAAACGCCGUCAAAAAAUGUAUGCGUCAGGCACGGAAGGAGUAUGAAUCCAAAAUUAUACGACAGGCUGAACAGAAGCCUAAGAUUUUAUUUCACUAUCUGAACAGUAGACUGAAAAAUAAGGACCCGGUCGCGGUGCUGAAGGAUGAUAAUGGUGUAGAGAUCAUUGAGAACAACGAGAAAGCCGAACACUUAGGACAGUAUUUUGCCUCCGUUUUUACUAGAGAAACAGAGUUUGGCUGUCGCAGUUCCGGCAAUGCUCUUGAGACUGUUGGUCCCGUGCUUGACUCCAUACUCUUCCCGGCAGCUGCCGUGGAAAGGGAGCUGAAAAAUCUCAAAGAAGCAAAGUCCUCGGGUCCAGACAAUAUACCGGCCAAAUUCUUGAAGGAACUGGCGAAUGAACUUUCCAAACCACUGGCGCACAUCUUCCGCUCGUCAUUCGAAUUAGGGAGGUUGCCAUCGGAAUGGAAAACAGCAAAUAUCUUUCCGAUAUACAAGGGCGGGGCUCGCACUAAUGCUAACAAUUACCGACCUGUUAGUCUAACCUGCAUCUGCUGUAAAAUAAUGGAGGCCAUAGUUAAGAAAGCAACUAUGGAGUUCCUGGAGCAGGGCCAUUUAAUCUCAGACCUGCAGCACGUCUUUAGACAGAACCGCUAG